AUGCACGUCUCGUGGAAAGGUGGGACACACGGUGGAUCGUUGCUGGACAAAGCAGGAGAACGAAGGCCGAGGAGCCCGACGCGGCGGCUAUGGUUGUGGACGCGGGGCUAUAACGUCCAGUGGGUAAAUAAUGAUGGAGGCAAUGGAUACGAUCGAGUGGCGUUUGCAGUCUCGUUCGAAUGUGGAGUUUCGACGAGCAAGGACGUGUCUGGAAUGUGGGCCGUCGACAGUGGUGCAACGCACCACAUUUGCCACGAAAAGACCAAGUUCGCAAGUUUGGCAGAGCGCAAUGAGGGCGAACUCUUGGUGGCUGAUGGCAACAAGGUGGCCAUCAAGGGUGUGGGAACCAUCAUGGAAAAGGUGGUUCUGCCCAACGGUGAAGAGCGUGAGAUCGAAAUCAAGAACGCGCUAUAUGUUCCAAGUAUGAGCAAGAACCUGCUCUCGGUGCCACAGAUUAACAGCCAGGGCAAGUUUCAAGUCGUGUUUGACGGGUCCAAGAUGUUUGUGACUCGCAAGAACUCACAGAAAGUGGUGGCGACAGCGGAUCUCGUGGAUGGACUUCACUGGCUUCGUACAACUCAGCGAUCAGCAAAUGUGACAACAACUGGAACCAGUUGUGCUGAUCUACAUGCGAGAAUGGGUCAUGCUCCAGUCGAUGUACUUCGCAAGAUGAUCGCGACCAACAUGAUCAAGGAUGUGCGAGUCCCUCUCAAGUCGGGUGGAGCAACUAGAUGUCGAGGAUGUCAACAAGGGAAAAUGGUCCAAAAACCAUUUCCGAGCAACCGAGACAAGCGCAGCUACGAUACGUUUGAGCUACUUCAUCUAGACAUCUGCGGGCCCAUGGAAAACGAUUCGCUCGGUGUCAGCAGAUAUUUGCUACUGAUCGUAGACGAAGACAGUGGAUGUAUGAAGGGCUUGUCUUUUCGAGUGAAGUCCGAGAGUGAAGACUACAUCCGUAAGUACAUCACUAUGGUACAGACGCAGUUCAGUAAGAAGGUCAAGUCUGUGCGACAAGACGGAGCUUGCGAGCUCGCAACCAACUCGCUUCGUAUUUUCUACGAAGACGAAGGCAUUGAACAGCAGACAACGGUUUCAUGUACACUUCAAACCGACGGAACAUCAGAGCGUGCCAUUAGAAAUAUCGUCACGAUCGGCCGCAGCAUGCUUCAUCAUGCCAAACUGAACAAGUGUUUCUGGGCUGAAGCAGCGAUGACGGCCAUCUACGUCAAGAAUCGACUUCCGUCACCUAGAGUCGUACACAAGACCCCGUUUGAGAUCGCCUACAACUUGAAACCAAGCGUCAAGCGCACGCGAGCGUUCGGGCGUCAAACGCACAUACUGAAGCCAAAGGAGAAUCGACUCACGUGGGAUCCAAAGGCUUGCGCUGGCAUGUUCGUGGGAUACGAAGAAGUUUCGAAGGCGUAUCGAGUUUAUGAAAUCAAGGCGGUGAAGGUGGUUAUCAGUCGCGAUGUCAGCUUCGACGAGUCCACCUUUGGACUGCCGCUGCUGAUCACUGAUGAAGAUGCCGAUGACCUGGACUUCGAAUUGCUUGACCUCAAUGAUGAAGAGCCGCGUCUGGUGGAGUACAAGCAAACAGGCAAGCGCAAAAACCGCCUCAGUGAUGAAGAUACAGCAGCUCCACGACCGCGUGCAGUGCGUCAACGACCCGGACUAGAAAAGUCAAGCGCGCCGGAAAGCAACUCGUCACGCCAAGAAGAAGACGAAGAAACGAAGGAUUCUGAUGAAUCAACUCCGCCUGUGUUUUGUUGUGCGAGUGCGAAUGCCGUUGAAACAGCAGCGGACUUAUCGGAGCCCUCAACAUUUGAGGCGGCAGUGAGCGGCCUUGACCAAGUUUAUUGGUCAAGCUAUUCAUGCAGAGCUCGAGUCAACGCGACUUCGCAGUGUGUUUUGUGCCGCCAAGCUUCCCAACGGACAACGCGCCAUUGGCACAAAAUGGGUGUUCAAGAUCAAGCUCAAGGCGGGUGGGUCAAUCGAGAAGUACUAGGCACGACUUGUGGCCAAGGGCUUUAG